CAAUAGCAGGUGGUUGGUGGUGUGCAGCUGUGGUGGCCGGUGCGUGGUGUCAGUGCAGGCGAUGCGUGGCGCCACGGCGCGGUGGUAGCGCGACCCGGGCGGCAGUCGCUCGCUGCAAGCCGCCGGCGCGGGUCGUUCCCGCCCAAUCGUUCUCGCGCGUAUGUUGAGCUCGAUACCACCAUCAGGUGCAAAAACUUCGCCGAUAAACUCCCAACAUUUCCGUAUCAAUUUGAACGCGAAUGCAUAUAAAGUGCACGUGGAACUCUUAAUUUUUAAACUUUUAAGUGCCUGAAUUGUUAGUACUAAUAGAAUCUGAACCCCGUUAACUGCAGUUGAUGUUCGUGUUAAUAAGGUUGUGUUUUUAAUCCAUACUUUGUGUGAAAUAAGGCAGUUUUUUACUGGACGUGCCCAUCAAUCAUCCUAUAAUGAUAUGAAGUGAUGGAGGCGUUCCCACUGCUUAGCGACGCGGUGGGUCGCGGGCUGCUGGUCCGCGGUUGCGCGGGCGCAUAGUGCGGCGCGGUGGCGGGUGCGCGCGGCGUUGCGGCGGCGCAUGCACGCCACUGGCCACACGGACCGCUCGGGCGGCGGCGGCGGCGGCGGCUCCUGGCGCCUCCCGCCCGACGAGACCCUGCAAGUCGCCGACCCCAAGUCUGCCAAGGAAGAGGAUCUUUACCCCGGAGAUGGACACAACUGGAGAAGCAUCAUAUUUUCUUUGAUGGUCAUAAGUUUCGUCAUCGCCGGAAUCGUCACAGCCAUUUAUCUAUUGGGAUAUGUGGACGAACUACUAUAUUGGUCUGGUCGUCGCAUGCGCUUGGACGAGUUCCUUCGCGGUGACCUGACCGGCGACCGCCUUCCCACCACCUGGGUGAGCUCGUACCAGCUUGUGUACCAAGCGGACGACGGGGGACUGCUCGCUUUGAACACCUUCAACAAUACUCUAUCUGUUCUAGUCACCAACCACACUCUGAGACAACUAAACGUUCGCGGCUACCAGUGUUCACCGAACUUACGCUAUGUUCUCUUCCAACACAACAUUAAGGAAGUAUACAGGCGGACUUUUACGGCGCACUACACCGUUUAUGACGUCACAAAUGAUCAUCACAUACCACUAUUCGGCGAAGGCCAAGGAAGUUGGGAGUGGCAGCACGCAGCGUGGCUCGGCAGUGAGGGAGCACUGGUGUUGGCAGCAGAUAAUGAAGUCCUGGCCCGACCGGCGCCCCCGGCGAGGAGGGCGCCGCUGCUGCGCCUCACGAAGGACGCCAACCCGGGCAACAUUUAUAAUGGAGUCUCGGAUUGGUUAUAUCAAGAGGAGGUGACAAAAACCGCAUCAGCUACCUGGGGCUCAUCCGACGGUGCCUUUGUGAUGUACGUCCGAUACGAUGACAGUCUGGUGUCGGAACUGCGAUUGCCGCGCAUCUCUGAAGGCAUCGGAGGUGCUGUGGCUGCCAGGUCCGGCUUCCUUCUGCCUGCUAUUAACAACAGCGUGCCUAAUGUCUUCCCUGACCAUAUAAGUGUUAAAUACCCCACGCCUGGCAGUUCAAUUCCGAAAGCUAGACUGUGGAUAGUGGAAGUUCAAAAUGUAACCUCACCACCUAGGUGGGAGGUAAAACCUCCUAGUACUUUAGAUGGAAUGGAAUAUUAUCUCAUAUCAGCCCAAUGGGUGGGCAAAGAAAACUCGCAUGUAGGUGUAGUGUGGAUGAAUCGAGCGCAAAAUCUUACCGUAUAUAGCAGUUGUUACGCACCCAAUUGGACAUGUACUGAGACGCAUUCAGAAAAAGCUACGGAUGAACCCUGGCUAGAAGUUCACCAAAAACCCGUCUACUCUGAAGACGGUAGUGCCUUCCUCCUCUUAGCCGCCGUACAAGAAGGCGGAGGACAAUAUUAUACGCAUAUCAAACAUGUGGAUGUGUUGCGUCAACGUAUAGCUGUACUCUCACAUGGUAAAGUGGAAGUCGCUGAAAUCCUGGCGUGGGACCAGGAGAACCACUUAGUGUAUUAUUUAGGUUUAGACAAAGAAAAAUUGUACAUACCUAAACUGCAUCCUGAUAUGGUCAAGGAAGCAAAUCAAAGUAGUGCUGAUAGACCGGGCCAAAGGCAAGUGUAUGUAGUGAGAGAUCCAAGUUAUGGAGGUGGAAGUAACUCGGUCAGGGCUCGGGCAGAACGUGAGGAGCCGCGUUGCCUUACUUGUGAAUUAUCAGUUUGGCCUGCACGUCUACAUUAUGCUAAUUGUACAUUCUGGAGUGCUACUUUUUCUCCAGCCAAACCUAAAGUUGGUAUAACGCAUUAUGUAUUAGAAUGUGGAGGACCAGGCCCACCUUUAGCGGGACUCCAUGAUGCUAGAACACAUAAAUUAGAAAGAAUAUUAUAUGACACGAGGCCUUAUAGAUCUGUACGAUUACGUGAAUUAGCCUUACCCACACGGCGUUCAUUUGAUGUACAAUUAAGCAGUGGGUCAAAAGCACGUGUUCAAUUAUUAUUGCCUCCAUCAUGGCGUGAGGAACUUCGUGACGCAGCGUUUCCAGUUCUUGUCCACGUCGAUGGCAGACCCGGUAGCCAGCAAGUGACCGAUAAGUUCGUGGUGGACUGGGGCACAUAUAUGUCAUCGCGUAACGACGUCGUGUACGUGAAGCUAGACGUGGCGGGCGCCAGGGGGCUGCCGCGCGCCCUGCUGCGGGGCCGUCUCGGAGGGGUCGAGGUGGCUGAUCAAUUGGCUGUUAUUAGAUAUUUAUUAGAAACCUUUAAGUUUUUGGAUGUAACGCGAGUGGCUGUGUGGGGCUGGGGAUAUGGGGGAUAUGUCACCUCUAUGUUGCUUGGUUCUCAGCAGGCUACUCUUAAAUGCGGCAUUGCUGUAUCACCAAUUACGGAUUGGCUAUAUUACAAUGCAGCAUUCACGGAACGCAUUCUGGGCCAACCGUCCGUGAACUACAAGGGCUACGUGGAGGCGGACGCGUCGCAGCGCGCGCACCACGUGCCGCCGCACGCGCUGUACCUCGUGCACGGCAUGGCCGACAUGAGCGCGCCCUACCCGCACGCGCUGCAGCUCGCGCGUGCUCUCACUGACGCCGGAGUACUGUUCCGUUACCAGGUAUACGCAGACGAGGGCCAUGACCUGAAAGGUGUUAUAGAACAUGUAUAUCGGUCUAUGGAAGACUAUUUACGCGAGUGCCUGUCUCUCGAUCCAGAAGACACCAAGCUGCCUCCACCCGAUAGAUAAUUAUCUGACUGCUGAAAUCUUCGAUAGAAAUAAUUUUUAUCUUAUUCUUCUUUAUAUGCAAAAACAUAACAUCAUAAUUUGCAGAAAAUCUUACAUUCGUACUCAGCAAUAACUUGUAACGUAUCAAUUACCAAAAAUACGUAUAAUUGUUUUGUUAUCAUUUACUUUGUAAAUAUGUACAAAUAGCGCUUUAUAAUGUGUUCCCCUCAAUUGUUUUAGCUGGUUAAAUUGACUGUUUUAGAGUAAUAUUUGAAGGCUAAUUGUGAUUAGAAUAGUUGAUAGAGUCGGUUCCAUAGUGGAUUGCAUGACAUAUUGGAAUGACUAAGUUCUAAGUUAGUUUUGUUAUAAGUUUUAUUACUAAAUUAGAAACAAAUCGAGCUAAACUUAAAACUACUUAAUGUUAUUCCUAUAAGAAAUUAUUUGGUGGUCGUUUUAGGAGCUUAAGACUAAUUAAAUUUAAUUUUACAAAUAUAACAAGAUAAAAAUUUUAAAUUUUAAAGACAAGUUAAUUUGUUAUUGUUAUUCAUAUGUUGAACAUACUCGUAUAUUAACUUAUAUAAAAAAAUAUUAGUCUGUUUCAAAAAUGCAAAUAAAUCUUAUAAAACAGAAUUCUCUUGGCUCUUGGAUCUUUAUGCUUUUUACCUUCACUAUUGUAACCUCAAAUAAGAAUAAAAUAAUUUGUGUACAACAUAAAAGGUUAUAAAUUAAUAACCCCAGAACUUAGGCGUGUUUUCUUCCUGUAUAUUAAUUACUAUAAGAGCUCUUUUUUGAUACACUUGUGAUCAUAUUUAUGCAUGUAGCACCUCGAGCUUCUUCACUUAGGCUUUAUUCCAUUUUCUACAAAUAAUGGCCUGAGAUAGUAUUUCUACAAUUCUUAUAAUAUAAGGUCGCUUAUAAACAAUUAUCAAAAUUUUUGGCUUUAUUUUCCAAGUAAUGAAAAUGUUUCAUAUUAGAAUAUUUUAUUAAUUCGUCAUAAAUCCAAUCACGAUACUUAACAAUGAGCUUAACUUUUAGGAAAUUCUAGAGCAUUUUGAGGUUUUAUUUUAAUUUUUAAUGUGUCGGUUUUUGUUAUUUUAGGAAAUAGUUACUGCUAUUGUAAACAUUACCCCUUAUACGUAACAAAAACCAUAAUCUGUUAUAUUCACAACAAUUUAAGGAAAUUAUAAUGUUAAGGGAAAAAGUGUCCUUGAUCAUACUCGGUUUGUGUCACGUUAUUAAUGAGUUUUUCUGUGGGUAUCAUUUAAUAUUUUUUUAACUACAGCAUAAAAUUUAUAAAAAUUAUAGAUACUAAUAAUUAUAAUUAUUGAAUUUAUGUAAAAAUUUGUUGACUAUAAGUUGUUUAUGAAGAAUGAUUGUGUACAAAAUAGAUUAGACAUUAUACAAUGUGUGUUUUGAGGUAUUAUAAUUCGCCUUCAGAUCCAUCCUUGUUAACUAUAAUUUAAAGCAGCCCCAGAUUGGUGUGUUGUGUCUAUACACAUAUAUCAAUAUACCCAUAUAUUAUUUUGUAAAUACAUCAUACUAUUCUAUAAAGCCAGCUCUAGAAAACAUAAUAAGUGCCGAGGAGAAAAGCUACGUAGAAUGUCGACGGACUAAUAGGUAAUGUUGUUAAUUCGGCAGUAAAUGUAUUUGAGUAAUUAUUAGGUAACUCGUUGUUGUUGUAUAGAUAUGAAUGUCUACCAGUAUUUGUUAAGUGUUAUCGAAUAAAUUCAUAGACGCAUAUCGUACAUUCCAUGUUUGUGAAGACUGCCAAUUUGGUCUAAAUUUUACAAUUAAAAUACCUACGAUAUGUCGAUGAAAUUAAUUUCAAUUUGCCGUAAUGGUCUUAAGGAUGCUGUGAUUCUUCUAUUGCGUAAUUUUACCGAUAUUGUAUUAAAAUAUAUUAGAUAAAUUUAAAAAUGUAAUAUCUUCAUUUUACAUAUACGUAGGGCCUAGGCAGAUCGAAUUCGUUGUAAUAAUUAAAAGUAAACUAAGAUUAACGUUACUUUAGAUAUUUUGAAAUUCUAUGAAAAAAUAAUAUUGAUAUUUGCUUUAUUCACCAUAAAUAUAUGACAAUGAUAGACAAUAUGUAUUGAAGUCUACGUAUACAUCACACAACAUAUAAAAUUUUAUAGUUAAUAUAAUACGAGAGAGUUUGGAAACCGGGUGCUUUAAAUUUUACAUCAUGUUAAAUUAAUUAAUUUCAUUAGCAAAAUCUUUUAAGUAGAUAGUUAUAGUUGGUUAGGUACAUCGUCAGGCGAAAAAUAAAAACGAAACACUUACACGAUAAUUCAUUUAAAAUUCAAAUGAUUUAAAUUUGGAUGAUUAGCAAAUUUAUCUUAAAUCAUUGAUCUCAAUAAAUCAAUAUUAUGGUAAUCAUAAGAAACUGAGAAUAACACCAAAUACGUUCAUUAGAAAUAUGAUAAUUGAAAUUGUACGCCAUGGCUAUUAUGGGUCAUACAUAAAUUACGAUAAACAUUAAGGGUGGUGGGGGGGUUGUUGGAGUAUUGCUUAAAAUUGAAAAAAAUAACAAUUACUUUUUCUCUUACAUAUUUUAAAAUACCUGCAUAAAAUUGAAAAUGUGUGACCACCUCACAAUAGAGAAGAAUACCUGUGACACCUAAAAACGAGUAUACCUGUGACAAGAAGGGGGAAAGCCGACCCAGAGAGAAAAACCCCAAAAUUCGUGUGACGUAAUUUAUGGAUCGCCCUUAGGGAAUUAACAAUUUGUUUUGCUUAUACCUUCUUUCUUUUCUUAAAGUCCCUUAGUCUUCCAAUUAGCGAAUGAUUAGCUUCCAAACCAUACAAAUAAUGGUUAUAACAGGAAUAUAGGAACUAUGUGAUGACUAUGUCAAUUAUUUCCUUACUCCAACUGAUCAGCUAAAAAUUGUAUUUCAAAUUUUAAUAACAUCUCGUCUGAUUAAUUAGUUUAGGUUCACCCUAGGUUUCUCGGAGUCUAAUGGAUGUGUCGUAUUAAAUGUGAGUAUAUGAAGUACCGCUAGAGGCAAUUAUGCUUAAAUUUACUGUACUCGAUAACGACUACACGAAUCUACAUAACCUAAACAAAAUUAGAGAUAUCAAAGGGAAGGAAAUAUCAUUCUCGACAAUCUGCAUUCGUAAUUACCUGGGUUAUAUCGACGAGUACAGUUAAACUUUAAGCAGAGCAUAUAUGUACCUAUUUACACAUUGGUAACUUUAGAAUGUCGCGAAUUGCUCCUUAGUGGUUAGAUGGUGGUAUGGACAAUGUUGAAUACAAUAAUAAAAAUAAAAUAAAAGCGUGGAUUAAGCUCCAAUUUCUUCCUUUGUCGUGCUCAUACACUGACCUUUCCAAUAAAUAAGCUUAAUAAGUCUGAUAAGUAAAACAGUUAUUAUUGUAUUCAAUAUUGACGCUUGAUUGAAAUUGAGGUCUCUAUAAAUUAUAUGUUAGUGUUAAUCUUAUUGUCUCGUUUAAGAGUUGCAGUGUUGUAUAGUUUCAUUUGUAAAUUCUAAGAUUAUUCUGUUAUUAAUGUAAAUUUUCUU